AUGCCCUCCCAGCCAGCCAUGCUGCUAGGUGGCCUCCUUCUCCUGGUGGCCACCAUGACUGCUGCCCAGAGGAGGGGGCAGGAGGCUGGUGGACGCCGCCAGACACAUCGAGUCCAGUAUGGCCAGUGCAGCUAUACCUUCGUGUUACCUGAGCCUGAGCCCUGCCCUCCGGAGCCUGACACUUUUGGGGCCUCCAACAGCCUGCAGAGGGACCUGCCAGAUGCCAGACAAAACUUGGGGGACUGGCGAGCCCAACGUGUGCAACAGCUGGAGAAGAUGCUAGAAAACAACACACAGUGGCUGCAGAAGCUGGAGCAGUACAUCCAGAUGAACUUGAGGUCAGAGCUGACACAAGCUCAGCAGUACGUAGUCCAGAACCAGACGGCCACCGUGCUGGACCUGGGCAGCAACCUCCUGAACCAGACCACAGCGCAGACCCGCAGGCUAACGGACGUGGAGGCCCAG